AUGACCAUCUCAGUGUCGAAUCCUCCCUCAAGCCACGAUUUGUCCACUCCGGACGGCAUUCAUGCCUAUCUCAGGGAAUCGUCCCCCUUCAACCCCUCCAAUGUCGAACUCGUUACAGGUGGCAUGGCAAACUGGACUUUUCGUGCAACGCUCGGUACCCCAGCUAUUCAGGAUGAGGCCUUAUCGCGUGCUCUCGGUGACCGUAGGCUGGAGAGCAUCAUCAUCAAGCAUUCGAAGGAUCGUGCCGCCGCUUUUCAUGGAUGGACCUUGGAUCUAGAGCGAGUGAAUAUCGAGCUUGCUGCACCCAAGCUCGUCGCCACACUCCCUCUUCCCCAUUCACGCACGCUUCUUAAUCAGUCACCAAACACAUCCAAACCGGACGAGCCCAGUAUCUCCGUGACAGAGCAAAUUUGGUACGAUGCCGGAAACCACAUUCAGUGUAUGAUCGAUUUCGGACGCCUGCACACGCUCAAGAGCUUCUUCAUUGCAAACCCGGGUCCUUCCAAUGUUUCUCUGGCUCAACAGGCCGGCAAAGCUCUCGGAGAGUUUCUCGCGGGACUCCAUUUGUGGAGCUGGCCCAUUCUGCAUUCUACUCGGGACAAGGAAACUGUGCUGGAGAUGUACCAGAAGAAUGUUUGGGCUAAAGAAGCCUGCGCUCUUCGAACUAUUGGGAGUCUCAAAGCCUCUGCGGAACAAGCUGGCGUACCAGGGAAAUGGGAUGAGAUUGUGCAAGCACUGACGAAAGAAGUCACGGAGAUUGAUGAAGUGUUCAAUAUAGGCGACCUCUGGACAGGCAACGUCCUUAUCGAGACAAACGAGAAUCAUUCUCUCAAGGCACUGUACAUCGUCGAUUGGGAAGUCGCCAAGACUGGAACGGCAUCCACAGACAUUGCGCAGUUCGCAGCGGAAGCGUACCAGCUCUGGAAGUUUAGCUCCUCCGAUACCAAUUCAACAACCGCGGGAUCUCCUGCGGGCGAGGCGCUCGCUCGUAGCUUCCUCUCUGGAUACCAAGACCACGUCACGUCCUCACUCGCCGCACAUGGUUCCUCUUUGUCCGAUAGUACAUCAUCAACCACUCGUGGUAGGACAGUCAAGCAGGCCCUCCUUGACGGGGAAUCUGUGAUUGGACACCUCUGCGCACACGUCGCCACCAUUGGGCGCGACGUCUCCUGGGCAAAGGAUACAAGCACUACAAAAUCAGUUGUGAAGAAGGCUCUAAAUACCUGUGCGAGCUUUAAAAGUUUGGAUGAGGACGCAUUGGAAAGGAAGCCGGGGCUUGACAAGGUUUGGGACGAUCUUCAGUAG